CCCAAACAAAACGACUAUAUAAGAAAAAGCGCGCUCAAAUUCAUUGACACACAAGAGAAAAUGGAAGGUUCUGGAAGCGCUGAUCAACUUCAACUUGCUCCCACUUCUGAAAUCGAAUCUCCGCUCUCUUCCGUCGUUUACGAGCUCUCACAACAAGUGCAACGGGCAAUGGAGAACAUGCUGAAGAUGAUAAACGAAAUUGAUCAGAGCUCUAAUGAAGUAACAGAAGACGUGGAGAAGUGCAAGGACUCUGCUCUUGAGAGGAGGAAAACUCUAGAGGAACAGAAGGAAGACGUUCAAAGAGCUGCUUAUGCUAUUUUGAACAUGCUGAAUAACUAGGAGAGUGGCUAAAAAUUGUGUAGAGGACAUCUCAGACAUUUUGACCCCAUCAUUCCUCAUAACGAUGUAAAAGUUGUAGAAUAUCCACAUUUCACUUAGCUUUGAAGCAUUUCGGAAAAUAAAUUUGAGUCCUACACAUUAAAUAAGCGUUACUUGAAUCUGAACAGUGAUAAUCGAUGUAUGUCUCUAUGAAUCAUGUGCCUUGCUGCUUGCUGACAAUCUUAAAAGUUGGGCUUUAUAGCCUCUUAAGGCAAGCUUUAACUCGGGUUCUUUCUCCUGGUCAUCACUGGCUUCAAACUUGAUGUGCUCUGUGAAACCACAUGAUUGCUUUCGAGUUGCAAAUUCUGUUAUCGUGAUACACCACAUGAACAUCAUUUCAAGUCAUACAAUUAAGACACCACGCAAAAGUCAUAUAUGCUGUUUCUACAAUGCUGGCAAGUGUUUCUCAGAUGAUUACACUAUAUAACACAU